AUGUUUGAGCUUAUAUUCUUUUUGAUUCUUUUGAUAUAUUCAGUUGACUCUGAGAUCAACUCGUCGGCCGAUUUGAACUGCAAUUUUGCGGUCGAUUGUCUCUGGCGAAACGGGACGAAUGGAGUUGAAGAUUCUGGGGAAUUCGCCCCGGGCACGAGUCUUCAAAUGGACGACUACCACAAAGUGACCGCUCUCCGAUCGGAUAGAGGUGGGAAAAGUUUAAAGGAAACUCCGAAAAGCACUUAUGCAACCUUUGACAUUGCGUUUAAAACAAAACUAGCUCUACCCCUUUUGAGCAAAGCUUUUGUUGUUGCUCAAGAAAUAGUUGUGUUUAAUGAAAUCCGAUUUUCCGAUGAUCCAUUCAUCUAUUCGUCGGCUUUCGGUGGUCGACAGACGGCUCUCUUGGUGAGCGAUGUGGUCAGUUGUCAACUUGGCGGCGCUUCACUCAAAUAUUGGUACUGGAAAACGGGCACUGACGCGAAGCUGGACAUUUGCAUUCGCCAACCGCCCGGUAGUCGAGACCCGAGCACUCUAAAAUGUUACGAUGGUCUUGCAUCAACGCAUGCACAACAGUGGAUCUAUCGAAGUGUCGAGUUUCCGCCGAUCUCGCAGCCAUUUGAGCUCCUCUUCCGCGCCACUUUCACCGCUCCGAUGGACAUCAUCGCCCUCGAUGACAUCAACUACGAUGCGAUACUUUGCGAUGUGCGACAUGGACGGGGUGAUGAGGCUCGGGAAAAGAGAAGAGUGAUGCUAUCAGUUCACGAGCGAAAUCAACCACUAAUCGUCGCUGGGAUUGAUCGAGACGCUGACGUGGAAGCGCUUCGACUCAAGAGGGGAUCACCGCCAACAAUUGGCCAAGAACAGCAUCUAGCCAACAUGAUGACCUUUUUGAAAGGAGUAGCUCCAGUUCUUCCCUAUGUGCCGACCAUUGUUCAAACGUUGCAGUCACUUGAUCCUCGAGCCUCGUUUUCCGCUCCACCGCUCGCUCGUUCUUUUGCUUCACCGACGCUAGAUGGAGUGGCUCCUAUUGUACCGAAAAUUGGAAAUCCGACGCUGAACUCAGGCUCGUACAAAGAUGACGAUAGGCAAUUGCUAAACGAUGUUGAGAAAAACGCUUUCGGUUUGCGGAGACUAUCCACACCCGAGUAUUCCACCAUUUAUCCGCCAAAGAUUCGGGAUAUACAAAAAAAGCGAUUGCCACCAGAAGUUGCGUCGAUUGUCGAAGAGGAUGGGAUGAAUAUGAACGAUUUGAGCCCAGAAGAGAUCAAGCAGUUGGAGGCGAUUCAUCGAAAGAUUUUCAAACAAGUCCCAACCAGCACCCAACCGAGUCUUGUCAUUUAUAAGAAAAUCCCGAAACCGCAAGUGAAACUGAUUGAUCAGAGGAUUCUUAGUGAAAAUGCUAGCCCACAGCUGCAAAAUGUGCUAAAUGAAUUGCCCAAUAACCCGAAAUACGCGAAAAUCGCGCCGGAAAUGAUCGACAAAUUUAAGGAAAUCGCUAGCGGAUUGCCGCCUGACGUGCUAAACGAUAUGUCACAAAUACAAAAUAUUCCGAAUGUUGAUGAGUUAGUUGAGGGGCUCGAUCUAGAGCUCAUUCGAACCCCAGCUGGUUUUCAGAAGAUCAAGAAUGAGUUUAUUGCGCGUUACAUGAGAAGAAUGAUGGGUUUACCCGUUGCGAUGACUCGCGUGGCUUCAAAUACGGGUGGCACGGUGAGUGGGGGUGGACCGUUUGGAGGCGCGGCGGGAGGCUCCUACAGCAAUGAUGCCACUGAUAGUUGGCCAGCCAUUUCUCAAGCACCACCAUCGGCGUUGUCGGAUGGUGGAGAUGGAUCUCCACCAAUAUUUCUCCCACUUUCACCAACUGGCUCUCGAAAAUCGCCAGGCUUAGCGGCUCCAACAAUCGCGGAAAACAUUGAUCCACCAUCACCGCCAAGGUCACCAUUCGAUGACACCCAUUUCGGGUACUCUCGAGCGUCGGCGGCGAAAACCAUCGGCCAGAUAGCCCCGCCCGUCGAAACCCAAACGAAUCGAGUGACCGGGCCACGACUCGGGCCCGCUUUCCAACCCCGUUGCCCGCCAAUCGAUUGCACGUUUGAUCAAAAUAUCUUUUGCGACUAUGUGACAGCGGUGAGCGAUAGUGAUUUGAUCGGGGUGACAGAGGGAGCGAAAGAGUGGAGACUGGCGAGGAAUCGGGUCGAGAACACGUUGACUGGGAUCGCGAAAGAUUUGUCUGGGAGAGGUGGUUAUGUGUGGGCUGGCGGGGUAAACGAUCCAUCCGACAUCUUCGUCCUCUCCUCGCGCACUCCAUUAAUGAUGCCAGCCGCCUCAAGACUCGAUUUUUUCGUUCACAUAGCUGGAAUUGCUGGCCGACUUCGCGUCUGUUUCGACACUCUUCAACAAUGCCCAUUUGAAAUCUCUCAUCGCCAAAUCGGGGUCCAAGCUCGGCAAUGGAAAAACUACUUUGUGACUGUACCGGAAGGAUCGCAUACGAUCCAUUUUGUCGCCGAUGGACUCCGAAAAAACUAUGUGGUCGGCUUAGAUCACAUUCAGCUUUUGUCGAAGUACGGAAUGUCCGCACAGCCGUGU